AUGCAAUUGUUUCAUUUAUGUUUUUUUGAUCUACUUCGUGCAAAGACUUUAUUUGAAGCGAUUAAGUGGAGUGGCACAAUAACAAAAUGGGAUGCUAAACAGAGUUCUUGGACUAUAAAAUCUGAGCUAGUUGCUACUGCAAGAUAUGAGAUAGAAACUUUGGUUGCUUCUGGCCAUGUUUCCCAUGAGACACUUGUAGCCCUUCAUGAUGAGUUCUUAGGUCACCUGCUAACUAACAUAAUGCAUACAGGGGACCAGACUGCACUAAUACAUGCAUUUAUUCACGGGCCAAUACAUUCUCGCGCUGAUGAUCCUACUGAAGCAUAUAAUUUCCCUUCCAACAGUGUUUAUAAUUUCCCUCAGUCCAUCUUUAAAGUAGAUGAGUCAUCAUCAAGAUAUGGAGCAUGGCUGCUAUCUAAUACACUUGGUUCAGUCUCAAGGGGAUGGUUAGGCAUUCUGAAUAAUAACGUGGUGAUUGAUAUACUAUAA